AUUCGUUUAUUGUCUCUUCUCAAACUCUCAACCAGCAUAUCCAUCAAAGCUUCCAACCAAACCUCCCCAAAAUAUUACUGAUGUGUUGUAAUCUACAAUAUCAACUAGAAGUAGUGUGAACAGUUCUUAAAGAAAUGUGAACCAAAAUUUCAGCAGGUUGUUCAUCUGAACCUGUGGCGCGAUUAGUUUGAAUGAGUGAGCAGUGAUGAUAUGGUGACAGUGGCCAUAAAUAAAUUGAGCGGUAAUUGCCGUAAUUACUGUUCCCACCUAAGUAUGACUUCAUUUAAUCCCAAGCCAGCCUUCAACUGCCAGCUCCAGCUACUUGUUAGUCUCAGACGUCUUCCAAAAAAUUCAUCUUCUUCUUUUGUCAAGACCAGAAUUUUAUGUCCUCUGCCUCUUCUUCAAGUUUUUCGCGAAAAUCCCACCAAUCCCACUUCCCAAGUUCGGUUUCUUUCCUCCGAUGAGAAACCGGCAUUAAUACUGUACACUAGCGGCACAACAGGUAAACCAAAAGGAGUUGUUCAUGCACACAGAAGCAUCUUGGCUCAGGUUCAAAUGUUGGCAAAUGCUUGGGAGUACUCACCUAUUUGCUUUUCCCAUCUCUUCUCCUAUUUGCUGGGUUGAUAUGCUGUAUAAGUUCGAUGAAAUGUUGGUUAUAUGUCUAGCCUUAACUUCUACCAACAUGUGCACGGCCUUUUCAAUGCUUUGCUUGCUCCUCUAUACGCUGGUUCUGUGGUGGAGUUCAUGCCAAAAUUUAGCGUUGGGGGAAUUUGGCAGGGAUGGCGGGAAUCAUAUCCAAGAAAAGAGACAAAAGUUGAUGAUGCUAUAACUGUAUUUACAGGGGGAAGUGAGAAAUAUGCUGCUUAUGUAAUGUCAUAAUUCUAUGUCUCUAGGUGGUUAUAAAUAACCACGUUAUUUACUUAUAUUCUCAGGAUGGUUCCUCAUGAGGCAACAAUAAUUAUACCUGUUUGAAGUCAUUCAAUAUACCUGUAAUUUCCGGAGAGCUUUUGUCAUUUUAAUGGUGUAGUUCAUGUUUUCCCUUUGCAUGAUGCAGGUUCCAACUAUGUAUACACGAUUAAUACAAGGUUAUGAAGCUA